GUAAGCGCAGGCGUGCACAGCUGCAGUUCUCCUAGCGAAGCUCUCAGCUCGGACUGUAAACCUGCGUGUUAUUUUGUUAGUGUUCGAACAUUAAUCCCGCACUGCAGACACUGCCGAGGAAUUUGGAAGCGAGCGGGCGGAAAUGUAGUCAGGCCAGCAGCUCGUGAGGCGGAAGUGAGGUUAGAGCGCAGUUAGCAGCUGUAGCAGCAGACUGCUCCGUCCAUGUUAUUAUUGUUAUUUUGACUGGCAUGGUUGGCGGUGGAAGGCGCGGACGGCGGGCAGCCCCGGACUCCUCCGCUUACCGACACACGCACCAUCGGCUAGUGGGCCAGGCGGACACGCGUUUCUCUGAAUCUGCCCAGGAGCACACAGAGCAGUAAGAAACCCGAGACGUCUCGCCUACGCUCUCAGUGUUAUUGUUGACAAGGCGGCGGAGAUGAACGGCAUCACCAAGGGCAGAUUCGAGGUAUUCUCAAACAGUGAUGAAGCACCAAUCAAUAAAAAGCUUCCCAAAGAGCUUUUGCUUAGGAUUUUCUCCUAUCUUGAUGUGGUUACACUAUGUAGGUGUGCUCAGGUCUCCAAGGCAUGGAAUGUUCUAGCCCUAGAUGGAAGCAACUGGCAGAAGAUCGAUCUUUUCAACUUUCAGACUGAUAUUGAGGGACGUGUGGUGGAGAACAUUUCAAAAAGAUGUGGUGGCUUUUUAAGGCAGCUGAGUCUGAGAGGAUGUCUCAGCGUGGGCGACGCCUCCAUGAAGACUUUUGCUCAGAACUGUCGUAACAUAGAGCAUCUGAACCUAAAUGGCUGCACUAAGAUUACAGAUUCAACCUGCAUCAGCCUCAGCAAGUUCUGCUCCAAACUCCGCCACCUCGACCUUACGUCAUGCGUGUCCAUCACCAACCAUGCACUUAAAUCCUUAAGUGAGGGCUGUCGCAUGUUGGAGAAUGUCAACCUGUCCUGGUGUGAUCAGAUCACACGCGAUGGCAUUGAGGCACUUAGUCGUGGAUGCACUGGCCUCAAAGCACUGUUCCUCAGAGGCUGCACACAGCUGGAUGAUACUGCACUGAAACAUAUUCAGAAGCAUUGCCUGGAGCUUGUGACAAUCAACAUGCAAUCCUGCACACAGAUAACAGACGAUGGCUUUGUGAGUUUAUGUCGAGGCUGUCACAAGCUUCAGAUGGUCUGCAUGUCUGGCUGCAGCAACAUUACUGACGCUUCUCUAACAGCACUCGGCCACAACUGCCAAAGGCUAAAAAUUCUGGAAGCUGCCCGAUGCUCUCAUGUGACUGAUGCUGGUUUUACUGUUCUGGCAAGGAAUUGCCAUGAAUUGGAAAAAAUGGAUUUAGAAGAAUGUAUUUUGGUGACUGAUAACACAUUGGUUCAGCUUUCAAUCCACUGCCCUCGGCUUCAGGCUCUGAGCCUGUCGCAUUGUGAGCUGAUAACAGAUGAUGGCAUCAGACACCUGAGCAGCAGUGUGUGUGGUCAGGAGCGGCUGCAGGUGAUCGAACUGGAUAAUUGCCCACUGAUCACUGACAUUACUCUGGAACACUUGAAGAGCUGCCAACGCCUUGAGCGCAUUGAGCUCUAUGACUGCCAGCAAGUCACUCGUGCGGGCAUCAAACGCAUUCGUGCUCAUCUCCCUGAUAUUAAGGUCCAUGCCUACUUUGCCCCAGUCACACCUCCUCCCUCAGUGCAUGGAGGGGGUCAGCGUCUUUGCCGCUGCUGUGUCAUACUCUGACAGUGGAAAGGAGCUCUAAAGCUUGCCAUUGAGAGUCAAUCUGUCAGUCAAACUCUAAACUCCACCCUGCACCUGCUGGCCACCACUGCUUAACCCCGCUCAAGACUGUGGCUGCGGGAUGCACGGCUGGAUCGCUGAGUGUUUGCCUGGCAGCAGGAUGGAGCUGCACAAGUGACAUCUGCAAAAUAAAACAAAAAAUACAAAAGAUAAUUACUAUGUACAAUGUGAUCAAUCGGAUGGAUAUACAAGAGAGGAAAUGUCACCCUGUAAAAUAUCUCAUUUUUGGAUCUUUAGAAAACACAAUUGAGGAGGUACUUAAUGCAGUAUGACAUCAAACUACUGACUAAAGAACCUUGUCUGUGUGAGAGGUCUCAGAAGGAUGUAUGACAACCAGACAAUGUUUAUUCCUCUAAAGCCAAUAAGAAUGCUUUUUCCUGUUUUUCACAUGAAACCAGUAGCUUACCAGAAUAAGCAUAAAGUAAAAUGGUAAAGCACUCCUUUGUUAACAGUGGGAGUUUGGAGAGUCUCUCCGUCUGUGAUUGCUUCUUAAACCUCAGCAGAAAUUUGCUGCUUCUGCCACUGCUGGAUUACAGUUUGUGUGUCUGUUUAUGAAUGUUCAAAUACAACAACAAAAUAUAACACUACAACCAAGGAAUUUUUGGCUAAAUCCUGAGCAUCCUUUCAAUGGAAUGGGGGUCAAAAUACCUUUUACAGGACUUUACCAAUUUAGAGUGGUGGGUGGAAAAGUAAAGGUGAAAUGUGUAUGCGAUGUUACUAUACGACAUAAAAGGGGUGGAUUGGAUUUAUUUUCCCAGAAUGAAUUAAUAAAUAAAAUAUAAAAAGUAUUUUAAAUAGGAUGAACUAUACUUGGAUGUCUUUGAAUUUCCUGGGGGGAAGAACAAAUAUUUACCAGUGAUGUGAUUGUUUAUAUUAUUUAAAAAAGAAGUUUAAUAUGAAAUUGAUGACGGGGAAUUUUACGUUUUGUGUGCAAUAUUUUGCUAUCUUAAAGGCCCAGAUUGUGUUGCCUGGUGUAAUGUUUUUGUUUGUAUACACCUGCUUUACUACAUUUGCCAACUAUGAAACCUUCUAGACCAGAGUAUAAUCUGACACAAAGGCCAACAAGAUUAGCAGUUUGUGAGCCAAUACCGUGAUAAUACCGUGUUUUUGUAAAUUUUCCAGUGUGUAAGAAUCUGUAUACAAUCUGACUUAUACAAACUAAAUUCCUAAAAGUUGGGACAGUAGGAAAAUACAAAUAGACCACAACAAUUUGCAAUUCAAGCAAGUCAAAAUGGUUAAGGUUUUAACAUUUCUUUUAGUAAAUACACAUUCAUUCUAAAUUGGAUGGCUGCCACACACUUUAAAAAGUAUGGAACAUGUGACUUGUUCACCACUGUGUUACAUCAACUUUGCUGUUAACAACAUUCUUUAAUUACAUAGGAACUGAACAUUCAAAUCCCCCCCCCCCCCCCCCCAUUUUUAUGAGAGACAGGUAUGGACUGCAAACUGGCCAGUCUAGCACCUGCACUCUCUAAUACAAAGCCACACUGUUGUAACAUGCAGAAUGGGGCAUGACACAUUCAGAAAGUUCCCUAAACAAGAUCUAGAGACCAGCGAAUGUUGCUCCAAAAUGUUCCAGCAUUAAAGGUGCCUUCAUAGAUAUGCAUGUUACCCAUGUCAUGUCGAACACACCCUCGUACCAUUAUAGCUACAGGCUUUUGAACUUUGCGUUAGGAACAGUGGUGUGGCUUUUUUGUCCUUAAACUGUUGGACUAUUCAAUUACAUUUGUUUUGCAAAAGUGGCAAAACUAGAACCAUUCUUGGUUGUACAUGUUGCAUUUUACCUACUGUUGCAGCUUUUUGUAAUUCAUUUUGUACUUUGAAGCACUGAAAACCGAAUACCAACUGGGUCUUGUGUUACUGAUCCAAAUGACUGUUGAAUCAAACGCCUAAUCAUUAAAAAUGGUUUUUGGGUGAGAGUGCCUUUGAUAUUGCAAUGCUUGAUUAAGCAUGGAAAAUCUAGCCCCAGAGAUAAAAGACUCAGGGCUGCAAUGUAAUAUUUAGUUUUAUCUUUUACUUUCCUACUUCAGUGAUGAGCACUGGAGGAAAUAACAAACGGAGCAGCAUCAUGUACAGGAGAUGGACUAUACACUGCAACCGGAAUCUGCAUCUGUGUUUGAUGGAGCGUUGUAGUUAUAAAAGAUUGAACCGUAAGGUAUUCCCUCUCUCAUUCACAUGUUUGACAACCAUUUGGAAAUAAAGAUAACUGAUUGUCCUCAUGUUCUGGUGUAACUGUGACAUUUCGGUAAAUAAAAGAUAGCAAUGUGUCACAAUGCAUUACA